UGGGAGCCCCAGCGGUGGUGGAGAAACCAGCAGUGAGGAGCGCUCACCGAGCGGCCGGUCGGGGGAACCCCCGUGCCCCGCUCCUCCCCACUCCCGGCCCGACCAGGGCGCAGCGAGCAUGGGCGCAGCGGCCGUGCGCUGGCACUUGUGUGUGCUGCUGGCCCUGGGCGCGCACGGACGGCUGGCGGGGGGCAGCGGGCUCCCAGGGGCAGUCGACGUGGAUGAGUGCUCCGAGGGCACGGAUGAUUGUCACAUUGAUGCCAUCUGCCAGAACACGCCCAAGUCCUACAAAUGCCUCUGCAAGCCAGGCUACAAGGGGGAAGGCAGGCAGUGUGAAGACAUCGACGAGUGUGAGAAUGACUACUACAAUGGGGGCUGUGUGCACGAGUGCAUCAAUAUCCCGGGGAACUACAGGUGCACCUGCUUCGACGGCUUCAUGCUGGCACACGAUGGACACAACUGUCUGGAUGUGGAUGAGUGUCAGGACAACAAUGGUGGCUGCCAGCAGAUCUGUGUCAAUGCCAUGGGCAGCUACGAGUGUCAGUGCCACAGUGGCUUUUUCCUCAGCGACAACCAGCACACCUGUAUCCACCGCUCCAAUGAGGGUAUGAACUGCAUGAACAAAGACCACGGCUGUGCCCACAUCUGCCGGGAGACGCCCAAAGGUGGGGUGGCCUGUGACUGCAGGCCCGGCUUUGACCUUGCCCAAAACCAGAAGGACUGCACACUAACCUGUAACUAUGGAAACGGAGGCUGCCAGCACAGCUGUGAGGACACGGACACAGGCCCCACGUGUGGCUGCCACCAGAAGUAUGCCCUCCACUCGGACGGUCGGACAUGCAUCGAGAAGGAUGAGGCUGCAAUUGAGCGCUCUCAGCUCAGUACCACGUCAGUAGCUGAUGUGGACAAGCGGGUGAAACGGCGGCUCCUCAUGGAGACGUGUGCAGUAAAUAAUGGAGGCUGUGACCGUACGUGCAAGGACACGGCCACCGGCGUGCGAUGCAGCUGCCCGGUUGGAUUCACACUGCAGCCCGACGGGAAGACGUGCAAAGACAUCAACGAGUGCCUGGUCAACAACGGAGGCUGCGACCACUUCUGCCGCAACACCGUGGGCAGCUUCGAGUGCGGCUGCCGGAAGGGCUACAAGCUGCUGACCGACGAGCGGACGUGCCAAGACAUCGACGAGUGCUCCUUCGAGCGGACCUGUGAUCACAUCUGCAUCAACUCCCCGGGCAGCUUCCAAUGCCUGUGUCACCGCGGCUACACACUCUAUGGGACAACCCACUGCGGAGAUGUGGACGAGUGCAGCAUGAACAACGGGAGCUGCGACCAGGGCUGCAUCAACACCAAGGGCAGCUACGAAUGUGUCUGUCCCCCAGGGAGGCGGCUCCACUGGAACCGGAAGGACUGCGUGGAGACAGGCAAGUGCCUUUCUCGGGCCAAGGCCUCACCCCGGGCCCAGCUGUCCUGCAGCAAAGUGGGAGGUGUGGAGAGCUGCUUCCUGUCCUGCCCAGCUCACACACACUUCAUGCCAGACUCGGAAAACAGCUACAGCCUGAGCUGCGGUGUCCCAGGUCUCCAGGGCAGGACGCUACAGAAACGCAACAGCACCAGCUCCAGCACUGGGCCCAGCUGCUCAGGUGCCCCCACCACCCCCAUCAGGCAGAAGGCUCGCUUCAAGAUCCGUGAUGCCAAGUGCCAACUCCGGCCCCGCAGCCGGGAGCCCACGAAGGAGGCCCUGAGGCAGCUGCUGCUGGAAAACUGCCACCUGACCUUUGCGACCCUCAAGUGUGACUCCUCCAAGAAGAGACGCCGUGGCCGAAAGUCCCCAUCCAAGGAGGUGACCCACAUCACAGCAGAGUUCGAGGUUGAGACAAAGAUGGAAGAGGCCUCAGACACCUGCGAAGCGGACUGCAUGCGGAAGCGAGCAGAGCAGAGCUUGCAGGCUGCCAUCAAGACCCUGCGCAAGUCCAUCAGCCGGCAGCAGUUCUCCGUCCAGGUCGCAGGCACUGAGUACGAGGUGGCCCAGCGGCCGGCCAAGGCCCCCGAGGGCCAAGGGGUGUGCGGUACAGGCCAGGUGCUACAGGACGGCAAAUGUGUGGCCUGUGAACCUGGCACCUACUUCAGCGGAGAGUCCAGCCAAUGUGUGCCGUGCACGCCCGGGUCCUACCAGGACAGAGAUGGCCAGCUCAGCUGUACCCCGUGCCCCAGCAGCGAUGGGCUCGGCCUGGCUGGUGCCCGCAACGUGUCUGAAUGUGGAGGCCAGUGCUCUCCAGGCUCCUUCUCCGCCGACGGCUUCAGACCCUGCCAGCCAUGCCCAGUGGGCACGUACCAGCCCGAGCCCGGACGCACCAGCUGCUUCCCCUGCGGAGGGGGGCUGCUCACCAAGCACGAGGGCACAGCCUCCUUCCAAGACUGUGAGGCCAAAGUGCACUGCUCCCCUGGCCACCACUACAACACCUCCACACACCGGUGCAUCCGCUGCCCCGUCGGCACCUACCAGCCCGAGUUUGGCCAGAACCACUGCAUCACCUGUCCAGGCGACACCAGCACCGACUUCGAUGGGUCCACCAACGUCACACAUUGCAAAAACCAGCACUGCGGUGGCGAGCUUGGCGAUUACACGGGCUACAUCGAGUCCCCCAACUACCCUGGCAACUACCCAGCCAACGCGGAGUGUGUGUGGCACAUCUCGCCACCCCCCAAGCGCAGGAUCCUCAUCGUGGUCCCUGAGAUUUUCCUGCCCAUCGAGGACGAGUGUGGCGACGUCCUGGUCAUGCGGAAGAGUGCCUCCCCCACGUCUAUCACCACCUACGAGACCUGCCAGACCUACGAGAGGCCCAUUGCCUUCACCUCCCGCUCCCGGAAGCUCUGGAUCCAGUUCAAAUCCAAUGAAGGCAACAGCGACAAAGGCUUCCAAGUGCCUUAUGUCACCUAUGAUGAGGACUACCAGCAGUUAAUAGAAGAUAUCGUUCGCGAUGGACGGCUCUACGCCUCGGAGAAUCACCAGGAAAUUUUGAAAGACAAGAAGCUGAUCAAGGCUCUCUUCGACGUGCUGGCCCAUCCGCAGAACUACUUCAAGUACACAGCCCAGGAGUCCAAGGAGAUGUUCCCACGGUCCUUCAUCAAACUGCUGCGCUCCAAAGUGUCCCGGUUCCUGCGGCCUUACAAAUAGCGCUGGGGUAGCCGCCCUGCUUGGGGACGGCCAGUGUCCCGGGGGAGGGGAAGGGGAGCCUCCCUGCCCUCCACUGCAGAAGCUGAGACGCGGCUCCACGGCCUCCAUGUUGCCACGUUGCCUGGGGAAAUCACUGUGGUGGCUGCCCUUCUGGAAACCCUGACCAGCCUGUGGAGGGCGAGACCACACCCAGGCAGAGCCCCCAGCCCAGCUCCACUCCUCGGGUCGCUGCCCCAGUGGGAAAACAUUGCUUAAGGCAACUUUCUGCCCUCUCCCUCCGCUCACUCAUUUCCAGGACACCAAGAGUGCCCUGUUCUGGGCCACUGACACAGUGCCACCCCCCGGGCGGGUCCUGGCAGAGUACACAUUUGGAGAUUGGAUGUGCCCCCCACAUGACACUUCAGGAGAGAGAGGAGCGUGGCUGCCGCUGUCUCCAGGGAGACAAGAAGCCAGGCCUUGGAAGGAAGGGUGUGUGAGGGCACAUCUGGAGGGCUUUGAUAAGCCCGUAUGGAUGCCUGCUGGGGCACCCACACCCGCAGACUCCUCCGGCCACAGGCCCAGAACCCAGUUGCCCUGUGGUUAGGCUCUAAGGAUUCUGUGAGAGGACAGGAAAGAGCUGCUAGGGGAGGAAACUGUAGACUUGUGCUUUCCCUUGAUAGAGCAUCUAAUUAAGUAUUAUAUAUAUAUAAAUAUAAAUAUAUAUAUAAAUAUACUUCUAUUUGUGGGUACUUUAGGAAAAUUCUCUUAAGUGACUGUAAAUACCGCGACCCCACCUCAUCUCCCACCAGCCAGUGCAAGCCCCAGCUGUUGCCGGCUUCCCCGGCUGAUGAAACUGCUUCUCCAGGUACUUGUGGCCUCCGGUUACGUGAGGCCCAGAGCCUGUAGGACCGGAGAAGGCAGGCUGGCCCUGGAUACACUUUGGAAUACAAGUUGUUUGGGAACUGAGUUCUGAAGCUUUGCUGGAGUGUUGCUACCCUCACUCGUGGCGGAACGUGGUAGAAGGCAGUUUCCUUCCUGGGGUCAACUUCGGAGGGGCCCGGUGUCUGACCCUGAAGCCAUGACCUUGGGGUCCAUGCUGUGCCCGAAUGCCACCAGAGGCAAGGCCUUUCCCACGUGAGCACAGGCUGUGCCACCGCGAGGGGCGUCAGAGCGCAGUGGCACACUCCUUUCAUUUAUUCAUGAGGAGGGCCGCCCCCAGGCACAGGCGGUCCAGCUGUCAGAAGGCCUCACUCCCAGGGCGGGCAUCUUUCUGCUGUGCCAUGCUGCCGCUCUCUUGGAGUCACUCUCUAAAAAGGACAAGUCUGGAGCUCAACCAGGUUGCCUGGUGUCCCACUCUGCCAGGAAGCCAGCGCCUGGGAUGGAGCCCGUGAGGACCGGACGUGCUGAGGCCUGCCUGCUAGGGACAGCUGGCCACCGGCUGCAGGACAUGCACAGCAAGCAGUCUGUAUGUUUAGGGCUAACAAAUAUCCCAAACUUCAAGGAACCCGGGGGAGUCUUCAAAUGAAGCCCGAUUCCCGCUCCGGGUUGUUUCUUCCUCCCGCCCGAGCCAGGCUGACCGGCUGGAGAGGAGCCCAGUGUGACGACCGUCUGUCUGUGGCACAUUGAGGAUGGCGAAGACCGAAUCUCCAGGACGCUGGAGA